AUGCCACUCCCGUCGAGACUUUCAGGACCUCGACCACUCCGACGCGCCAUCGUCACCGAACCUGCCUGCCUGCCUUUCGCGAGACCGCGGCGGAGGGGGUGCCUACGAUGUAAGCUCGUCGUCGGCGGGAUCGACAAGUUCGAGUACUUUUGGAAGGGCGAGGAAGAAGAAGAAGAAGACGACGACGACGACCGAACAACAACAUGGCCCGAGGGGGGGAUCAAGGAUGAUGAACGCUACGAGACGCUUCGAGUUGGAAUUCUACUCUCAUUCAGCCCGACGGUCACCAAUCUGAAGAAUUUGACUUACCGGCUGUGUCCAGACGAACAAAUUCCACCACCGUUCCCCGGAUCUCGCCCAGCAGGGCACGUACCGAAAAGGUCAGACUCGGAACCAUCCUUUACAACGAUCCGAACCUGGAUAGACAAAUGCGAGUCUCAGCAUGACCUGUGCCACAUGCCCCAAACACCGAACGAAAUGCCAGCGAGGCUGGUUUGUGUCGGCGAAGACGGCGACGACCCGAGAACGAUGCCUGACACACGAAAUAGCAACCACAAGAUCCGCAGCAUUGAGUCAUUCGUGGGAAUCCAGAGAGUCGAGCAAAAAGCCCGUCCCAAAGACAAACAGUGA